UCAACAACAAAUGUUUUCACCUUUCAAUUUCUCCACCAAAAACUUAUUUUAAAUUAGUAAAUAUUUGUCUGCUAGCUUCUGUCUAAAUUAAAAACACACUUCUACCUAGAAAGCAAACUCCAUUGUUACAGAAAAAAUAUGAAACUCCAAAGCUUCUUUAGUUCUAUACUGAUCUUCAUACUUCUAUCAAUAUCUCAUCAUGUUUCAGCUAACCGGUCUAAUCAAUCCGGUUUUCUCCAAUGUCUCUCUCUCCGGUUAAACGACUCCAACAUCGUCUCCAAAGUCAUACACAGACCAAACGACACUUCUUUCUCCUCAGUCUUAGCUUCAUCAAUACAGAACCCAAGAUUCUCUGCUCCUCAUACACCUAAACCGGUUUUAAUCCUAACUCCGGUUCAAUCUUCCGAUGUUCAAUCUGCGGUUAAAUGCGCACGCAGGUUCGAUAUCCACAUCAGAACAAGAAGCGGAGGACACGAUUACGAAGGCCUCUCUUACCUUACACACAAACCAUUCGUAAUCCUCGAUUUAAGAAACCUCCGGUCUAUCACAAUCGACAUCGAUAACCGGUCGGUUUGGGUCCAAACCGGAGCCACGAUCGGUGAAUUAUACUACGAAAUCGAUAAAAAGAACCAAACUUUAGCGUUCCCCGCCGGAGUUUGUCCCAUUUUCGGCGUUGGAGGACACUUCAGCGGCGGAGGAUACGGUACUCUACUGAGAAAACACGGUUUAGCAGCCGAUCACGUGAUAGACGCACGUGUGGUCGACGCACGAGGGAGGAUUCUUGAAAGGCGAGAGAUGGGUGAAGACUUCUUCUGGGCGAUUCGUGGAGGUGGUGGAUCAAGCUUUUGCGUUGUCCUUUCAUGGAAGAUAGGUUUAGUCGAUGUACCAUCAACAGUAACUGUCUUCAACGUCACGAAAUUCUCAGAACAGAGUGCUUUAAAGAUCAUUCAUCGUUGGCAAUACGUGUCUGAUAAAGUCUCUAGUGAUUUAUUCAUACGAGUUAUGUUGCAGAGAUACAAGAACAUGGUUCGAGCUUCGUUUCCGGGUCUGUAUCUUGGUCCGGUUAAGAGUCUGUUGCGAUUGGUAAACCGGGAGUUUCCUGAGUUGGGUUUGGAGGAAGAUGAUUGUAAAGAGAUGAGUUGGAUUGAGUCUGUGGUUUGGUUUGCUGAGUUAGGUGAAGAACCUAUCGAUGUUCUUAGUAAACGGACACGAGGGUCACUAGCUUUCAAGGCUAAAUCUGAUUUUGUUCAAGAACCAAUGCCUGAAACCGCGGUUUCGAAGCUUUGGAGACGGUUGCAAGAACCGGAAGCAGAGCUAGCUCAGCUAAUCUUCACUCCAUUUGGUGGUCGGAUGAGUGAGAUUGCAGAUUAUGAAACACCGUUUCCGCAUCGAAAGGGUAAUAUCUAUGAGAUUCAGUACUUGAAUUACUGGAGAGGAGAUGAGAAAAAGAAGUAUAUGAGAUGGGUGGAGAGAGUUUAUGAUGAUAUGAGUGAGUUUGUUGCGGGGUCUCCGAGAGGAGCUUAUAUAAACCUGAGGGAUCUUGAUUUGGGGAUGUACGUUGGAGGUAAGAGGAGUAAGUAUGAGGAAGGGAAGAGUUGGGGAGUGAAGUAUUUCAAGAAUAAUUUUGAAAGGUUGGUGAGAGUUAAGACAAGUGUUGAUCCUUUUGAUUUCUUCUGUGAUGAACAGAGUAUUCCUCCUUUUAGGUCUGUUGAAGUUAUUUGAAAGAGUUAGAGUGUUAUUAUAUCUUGUGCUAAAAGCAGAGAGCUAGAGCCUAGCUAGUUUAGUACAGUAUGUUUUGGUUAGGUAUAUGUGAAAUGUGAUCUUGUCAAGUUUAUGUUCAAAUAAAUAUAUGUUUCUCGUUAUAAAAUAAGGAAAAACAUGAUAAUGUAUAUAGCUCGUUUUUAUCCAUCCAAACAGGCAAACGCAUUAACGUGUGGAACAAGAUAUCUUUAAGAAAUUUGCUAGAAAACUCUGAAAAGAACAGAACAGCGUAGGUUUUCUUCAAGAGGAAGCAACCAGGUUUAAGUGAAUAAAGUGAGAAUGGAACAGGGAUACUGAAGAAGAAGAAUGAACAGUUCAUGGGUUAGACGUACGGAAACAAUGUAAU